ACCAUCUGUCUCCGUCUCCUAACCCGUCUCCUCUCCCAAAUUCCGAAUUGGAGGUUCCAGAAGCCACAAAACGAAGAAGAUAGGACCGACUGAUCGAUCCGCCUCUGAUUUUUGGUGUCGGUGGAUAUGGAAGUUCCGAGCUCAUGGGACGCGCUUCGCAAGCAGGCGAGGAAGCUUGAAGCUCAGUUGGAUGAACAGAUGAAUUCUUAUCGUAGGUUUGUCUCCGCAAAGGGUUCUGUCAAAUUUGAAGCUGACAAUGAUCUUGAAUCUGGGAUAGAGCGACUAUUAAAGCAACUCCAACAAGUAAAUUUACAAAUGCAAGCAUGGGUAUCAGCAGGAGGAUCAGAAAUGGUUUCUCAUACCUUGACUAGACAUCAAGAGAUUCUUCAAGAUCUCACUCAGGAAUUUUAUCGUCUGCGCUCCAGCCUUAGAGCUAAGCAGGAUCACGCUUCAUUGCUCGAGGAUUUUAGGGAAUUUGAUCGAACAAGAGUAGAUUUGGAAGCUGGAGAUUCUGCAGAAAAUGCUCUCCUGAAAGAACAUGCUUCUGUUAGCCGGAGUACGGGACAGAUGGAUACUGUAAUCUCUCAAGCUCAAGCAACUCUAGGUGCACUUGCCCUUCAACGUUCAACGUUUGGCGGCAUCAAUUCAAAGCUCAGCAAUAUCGGCAGCCGCCUUCCAACGGUAAGUCAUAUCCUCUCAGCAAUAAAGCGUAAAAAGUCUAUGGAUACCAUCAUUCUAUCUCUUGUCGCAUCAAUGUGCACAUUUCUUAUAUUCAUCUACUGGCUGACGAAGUAAAAGGCUGCAAGAGGAACUGGUAUAUGUGGGGGACUGUAAGUGAGAAAGUGAAUCUGUUACAAAUUUUUUUGCUUCAAUUUUUCUUCGAUAAACCAAUUAUUUGUCUCUCAAAUGUUUAGAUGUAUGGAAACGAUAUCAAUCUAUGCAGUUCUUUCCAGUCAAUUGCUUGUUCAGUAAUGGAGUUCAAUUUCAGUUUUAAAUUUUCGGCAGGAUGAUACAUGUACUCGCUAGUAUGUAAGUGAAUUGUAUUAUACUAUUAUAUAUCAAUACUUGAAAUUCUUCAAAAAUGUGUUUCAUGUACUUUUAUCAAUCAAGGUCUAGGUAGGGUCAGCCAAAGAGGUGGAUUUGUAUGGUUUGUUUAAGUGCUAUAAUAGUGGGAC